UGCUGAGAUCAAUCCGUGCUUGCUCUUCUCCGUGUAUCUGGAAGGUCCUGGUCUCUCUCCCGCACCCUCUGUACCUGAAUCGCAGGUACUGCAAGAUCUGUAAGGGCGAUGCUGGGACUACGUGGAAGCCGGAAAGUGACACUAUUGACAUUCAGGGACGUAGCCAUAACAUUCUCUCCAGAGGAGUGGGAAUACCUGGACACUGCUCAGCAAAAUUUGUAUCGGGAUGUGAUGUUAGAGAACUACAGAAACCUGGUCUCUGUGGCACUACGUAUUAAAGGAAGUAAUAACCAGUCUUUUGAAAGACCCAGAGAAACCCGAGACUUUGGAUAUGGAAUUGGAUUAAGUGUUCUGUCAAAUAUUUUUGAAGAUGAGAGAUUUAAAAUCGAAGAGGAUGCUUUUAAAUGUGAUCAAUUUGAUGAGUUCUUCAGUAAACCAUUAUUCUUUUAUCAACCAAUGGUAUCAUCAGAUGUCAAAAUCUACAAUUGUUAUAAGAAUGGUAAGGUGUUUACACAAUUAUCAUUGCUUCCUCAAUGUCAGGAAAUAAAUAAGUGGGAAAAACUUUUCAUAUCCAAUAAAUCAUUGGUGUCCUUUUUCCAGAACUCAACCCUAAAUAAUGACCAGAAUAUUUAUGUUAAUCAGAGAAAUUAUCAACACAAUAAACCUGAACAAACCUUGAGACAAGCCUUGUGCUCUAGAAAGUAUCAGAAGGCUCAAUAUUUAAAGAUCCGGUACAAAUGUAAGAAAUGUGAGAAAGUCUUUCACCAGUGUCUGAAGCUUAUUAGCCGUGAGGAUAUCCAUAGUCUCAAUAAGUGUACUGAAUGUGUAGGUGAUUUUGCCCAUUCAGGGAAACAGUCUCAAAAUCAGAGAAUUUACACUGGAGAAAACUCACACCAACGUAAUAAACGUGAGAAAAUCUUCAGUCAGCCCUCUAAUCUAAGAAACCAUAAUAUAAUUCAUCCUGAAGAAAGCCUCUUCAAAUGUAAAGAAUGUGGCAAAACCUUUACCCUAAGUCCAGAGUGUAAACCUCACAAAAUAUAUGGUAAGGAGAAAUUUUACAAAUGUAAAGAAUGUGGCAAAGCAUUUUACUAUGGUUCACACCUUACUCUGCAUCAGAGAAUUCAUGCUGGAGAGAAACCCUACACUUGUAAAGAAUGUGGCAAAACCUUUUACUACAAUUCAUGCCUUAAUCGACAUCAGAGAAUUCAUACUGGAGAGAAACCCUACAAAUGUAAAGAAUGUGGCAAAACCUUUAACCAUACUUCAAGCUUUGCCCAACAUCAGAGAAUUCAUACUGGAGAGAAACCCUACAGAUGUAAAGAAUGUGGUAAAGCCUUUAAAUGUAGUUCACACCUUAUUGAACAUCAGAGAAUCCAUACUGGAGAGAAACCCUACAAAUGUGAAGAAUGUAGCAAAGCCUUUAAAUGUAGUUCACACCUUACUCGACAUCAGAGAAUCCAUAUUUGAGGGAAACCUUACUACCAGGUAAAGUGUGUGGCAAAACCUUUAACCGUACUUCAUAGCUUCCUCAACAUCAGAGCAUUCAUACUGGAGAAAAUCCCUACAAGUUUGAAGAAUGUGGCAUAUCCUUUAUUCAUUCAGCAGGACUUAGAGGACAUCAGAGAAUUCAUACUGGAGAAAACCCAAAGCAUUUAAUUGUAGAUCUACUUUAAUAACUGUCAGGUAGUUAAUAUAGAAUAGAAAUCCUGCAGAUGGAACGAAUGUGACAAAAUCUUUUACAAUAGUUCACAACUUACUCAAUUUCAGAUAAUUGAUACUGAUUUGUAUUACAAAACCCUAUUGAUGUAAUACAUGUGAAAAGUGUUUUAUUUGAAUUAUACAACUUAGAAAUUACCAGGGAGUUCAUCAGAAAAGUUUUGUAGGUUCAAUUAAUGUGUAGAAGAAUUUUAUCAAAAAAUUAAGUGUAUCAUGGGGUUCACCCAAGUAAAAACUAAGCACACGUUCAGAUUUUACAUUAACCCAGGUGUAUAUUGUAGAGAAUAAUGCAAAGACAAAGCAAUUAGAUUGUUUAUCUGAGUGUACUUUUUAAGAGAUCAAGAGCAUUGAUGAUUGGAAAGGUAUAAAUAUAUAUUCCGUGGGUUCUUUUUAUUCACAGUAUUUGAAAAUUUUCAAAAGCAUAUGUUGAUUUAAGUUAAUUCUCAAAUUACUUUAUGGUAUAUCUUUAUCCUUAAUGUGUAUAAGAAAAUAUAAUGUGUGUAUAAAAAUAUGUGAUCUAUUGUUUCUCAUCAGAGUUAUAAGAGGCCAUUCAGUAUUAGGUGAAUAUGAUUAUUAUCAAUUUUACCAUGAAAAUGUAAUGGUAAAUGUAAAGUACAUUUUAAAAAUCCACAGACAAGGCUCCGCGCCUGUAGCUCAAGUGGCUAAGGCGCCAGCCACAUACACCAGACUGGCAGGUUCGAAUCCAGCCUGGGCCUGCCAAACAGCAAUGACAACUACAACCCCAAAAUAGCCGGGUGUUGUGGCAGGCACCUGUAGUCCAAGCUACUUGGGAGGCUGAGGCAAGAGAAUCACUGAAGCAGAGGAGUUGGAGGUUGCUGUGAGCUGUGAUGCCAUGGCACUCAACCCAGGGUAACAGCUUGAGGCUCUGUCUCAAAAAAAAAACCAAAUCCACAGAGAAAUACUUUUUGUGUUUGAAUCAUAAAAUAGUGAUGCGUAUAAGCAUACAGUAUGCAAUUGGCAUUUUUCUUGUGUAUUAAAGUAAAAGAGAAACAUUCUAAUUUUUCAAAAUAAAUUAUUUUACUAACUGCUCCUUCAGUAGGAAAACACUGUUUAGUUAUUAAAAUAUUGACAUAUUUUUGUAGUACAAUAAAUAUCUUGAAUAUUACUUGAUGUGAUAGAGGAUAGAAAUCUUGAAUGUUAUUUGAUGUGUAUGUCACUGUGAAAGUUUUGAGACAGACUGUGUUAUAGUCCAUUAUUUCACUUCUAAGAGACACAGUCAGUAGCGUCCUUUCUGAUUCACUCGUGGAAGUUUCAACUUGCCUGGCCUGAUUAGUGUUGCUGGGAGGGCUUCAUUUAUUUACAUCCACACAGAGUUUAGAUUUCUUUAUUUUUGUGUAUCUCAAAACUUUUGUAAUGACCCACAAUAUAGUAGAAACAAAAAUAUUUCACAGAUAUUAGCAGAAAGUGAAUAUAACUCCUACCUUGAAGGUUGUACAUGUAUUAAAGUCAAUGUGCACUAAAUAAGUAGCCCUGUUCUUUGAAAUACAAAAAAAAAAAAAGUCUAAGAUCACUAUAAUAGAUUAAAAAUAUUGAUUCUUGAGGGGUUGUGACCAAGGAUCAAUAUAUUGGAUUUAAAAAUGCUUUAUGUAGGUUAUAGGUUAAUUAAUUGGUUUUGGUUUUGACUAAUAAAACUAAAUUUUUUUUUUUUUUUGAGACAGAGUCUCACUAUGUCACCCUUGGUAGAGUGCUCUGGCAUCACAGCUCAUAGCAACUUCAAAUUCUUGGGCUUAAGGGACUUUCUUGUCUCAGCCUCCCAAGUAGCUGGGACUACAAGCACCUGCCACUACGCCUGGCUACUUUUUGUUGUUGUAGUUGUCAUUGUUGUUUAACUGGCCCAGGCCAGGUUCAAACCUGCCAGCUUGGAUGUAUGUGGUCGGUGCCCUACCCACUGAGCUACUGGUGCCACCCAAAGUAAAUGGUUUUUAAUGUUUCAUUUUUUUUUUUUUUUUUUUUUUUUAGAGAUAGUCUCACUUUAUCGCCCUUGGUAGAGUGCCCUGGCAUCACAGCUCACAGCAACCUCCAACUCCCAGGCGUAGGUGAUUCUCUUGUCUCAGCCUCCCGAGUAGCUGGGACUAUAGGUGCCCGCCACAACGCCUGGCUAUUUUUUUGUUGCAGUUUGGCCAGGGCUGGGUUUAAACCCACCACCCUCGGUAUAUAGGGCUGGUGCCCUACUCACUAAGCCACAGGCAUUGCCUGGUUUUUAAUGUUUUACCACUAAUGCGCAAUGAACGCAUGUUAAUUGGUCACCAAUGUCAAACUGUCUUAUCUGGUUCAAGGUUGUAGUUAAAAGAUGAAAUGAUGUUAUCAAAAGUUACUUGAUUUUGGUAACACUGUGAAGUAAGUUCUCUGGUAAUCUUUUUUUCUGAGGAUACAAGCUUUUAAUAAUUUAAAGAAUAUUUUCUCACAGUUAACUUUUUUGGUCUUUUUUUUCUUAGUUUUUUAGACAGAGUCUCACUUUGUUGCCCCUGGUAGGGUGCCGUGGCAUCACAGUUCACAGCAACUUCAAACUCUUGAGAUCAAGCGAUUCUCUUGUCUCAGCCUUCUGAGUAGUUGAGACUACAGGUGCCCACCACCACAGGUCUCAAACCUAUGAGCUCAAGCAAUCCACCCACCAAGGCCUCUGUCCGAUUUUCUUUCUUUUUUUUUUUUUUUUUUUUUUUUUGCAGUUUUUUGGCCGAGGAUAGGUUUGAACCCACCACCUCUGGCAUAUCGGGCCGGCGCCCUACCCCUUUGAGCCACAGGUGCCUCCCUGUCCUUUUUUCUUUUUUGGUAACUAUGGGGAUAAUGAUAUGUUUAUAAUAAAGAUUAUAAGGCCAGGCGUGGUGGCUCAUGCCUGUAAUUCCACCAGUCUCAGAGGCCGAGGUGGGUGGAUUGCCUGAGCUCACAGGUUGGAGACCAUCCUGAGGCAGAGUGAGACCUCAUCUCUAAAAAUAGCCAGACAUUGUGGUGGGCACCUGUAGUCCCAGCUAUUUGGGAGGCUAAGGCAAAAGAAGCACUUGAGCCCAAGAGCUUAAAGUUGCUGUGAUCUGUGACACCAUGGCACUCUACCAUGGUUGACAAAGUGAGACUCUGUCUCAAUAAAUAAUAAUAAAAUAAAAAAGAAGAUUACAAAGAAGUAUAAUUUGAAGUCAUACUUUUAAAUCCUAAAUCACUAUUCAUAAUUUUUUUUUUUUUUUUUUUGAGACAGAGUCUCAAGCUGUCACCCUGGGUAGAGUGCCUUGACGUCAAAGCUCACAGCAACCUCAAACUCCUGUGUUUAAGCGAUUCUCUUGCCUCAGCCUCCCAAGUAGCUGGGACUACACUACAGGCACAUGCCACAACACCUGGCUGUUUUUUGGUGUGGUUGUCAUUGCUUGGCAGGCCCGGGCUGAAUUCGAACCUGCCUGCUCUUGUGUAUGUGGCUGACACCCUAGCUGCUUGAGCUACAGGCGCCGAGCCACUAUUCGUAAAAUUUUAUUUUUUUAUUUUGAUUGAUUUAUUUUUUUUUUUAGAGACAGAGUCUCACUUUGUCACUCUUGGUAGAGUGCUGUGGCGUCACAGCUCACAGCAACCUCCAGCUCUUGGGCUUAGGCGAUUCUCCUGAGUA